UGGAGAGUCCACUAUUGGUACUGUCAAAGGCUUCGAGGAUGGAAAAUACCGAAUCGAAAUCGAGGGCGGGAAGAUUGUUGAAGUUGAAAAGGCAGGCGUGAAGGAGUUUGUCAUCGAGAUGAACAGGAGGGAUAUUUUCGAUUAUUUGAAGUAA